AUGGCGUUUCGCACUAAUCUCUGCUAUUGGCAAGUAGCCAAUCUGAUCUAUCAGAAAGACCUCGAUACGGUCUAUCGCUUAACGGCAGGACCGGGAGUGUUAAUGAAGCUUCCCCCAUCUACAUCUUUUACCUCCACUACACAUGUCCCAACCCAACCGGCCGCACCCUCGCUCGCUGCCAAAUCCCUCGCCGGGCCCGUCGACCCCUCCGGCAUCUACCAAUAUGGCUUCCCCGGUCCUAUCGCCGACACCUUGCUUUCAGCUCCCCUGGCUGGUGCAUACGACCGUCGGACGCGCAACCCUGCUUGGGUAGCUGAGCACAUCACGCCUGCCUCACUGGCGACGAAAAACGCAGACCGCAAACACAGCACCUUCUACGAAGACACUACCAUCCCCGCCGCCUUCCGCGCCAAACUGGCCGACUACUUCCGUUCCGGUUACGAUCGAGGCCAUCAAGUGCCCGCUGCCGACGCAAAAUGGUCACAGGAAGCGAUGGAUGCUACAUUUUCCUUGACAAACAUGUGUCCCCAGGUGGGCGAGGGAUUCAACCGGGACUACUGGGCGCAUUUCGAGGAGUUCGGCCGCAACCUGGCUAAGAAGUAUCCCUCCGUCCGGAUCGUUACCGGUCCUCUGUAUCUCCCCCACCGUGACUCAGAUGGUAAAUGGCGUGUUUCCUACGAGGUAAUUGGUAACCCGCCUAAUGUUGCCGUGCCGACACACUUCUAUAAGGUGAUCUACGCGGAGGAGGGCCCUGUCUCACCUACUGGAAAGGUCGCCCUGGGCGCAUUUGUCUUGCCUAAUGCCCGUAUCCCCAACGAGAAGAAGUUGACCGAGUUUGAGGUGCCGGUUGAGGUGGUCGAGCGCGCUAGCGGCCUGGAGUUUGUUUCCAAGUUGGAGGCGAACCGUCGCAAGCGUCUCUGCCAGGAGGUCAAGUGUGACGUUAUCGUGCGCGAGUUCAAUAACUCGGCCAAGCGGAACUAG